AGGCACAAGCAUGCCUCGUCUCUAGAGAGGCAGAGCGCGUCGCUGUGACUUGGACACAUUUUUUGGAUGAGACACUUGUGCAGCCGCUGCUAAGGAAACGCAGGAGUUUUAUCCUAAAGUUCACUGCAGCAGGUCGUUGUGACAGCGAUCUUGUUCUCAGGGAAACAUCCCUGGGGACACACGAACACUCUCCCGCUAGCACGCAGUAACCACCACACACACAAGGCACCAUGCAGGAGUCAGAGCCAACAGUGUGCCAGCUACAGCCCAACAUCAUCUCCGUCCGCCUGUACAAAAGGAAGGUCGGCGGUCUGGGCUUUCUAGUGAAGCAGAGGGUGUCCAAGCCACCUGUCAUCGUGUCUGACCUCAUCCGUGGUGGUGCAGCAGAGGAGUGCGGCCUGGUGCAGGUGGGUGACAUCGUCUUGGCGGUCAACAACAAGCCCCUGGUGGACCUGUCUUAUGAGCGGGCCCUGGAGACAUUGAAAAACGUGUCACCAGAGAGCCACGCUGUGCUGAUCCUCCGCGGGCCUGAGGGCUUCACCACCCACCUGGAGACCACCCUUUCUGGAGAUGGCCGUCAACGCACAGUGAGGGUCACACGGCCUGCCUUCCCUCCCUCAAAGUCCUAUGAGCACUGUUCCCCUCUCAGCCCAUUCAGCCCCGGGCAGCAGCAGCAGGUCAAUAAGGAGCCCCAGCUCAGAGCCAUCGAGAACCUAUCCUCUCCGUCCAUUACCCAGUCUAUCCUGCAGAGGGGAGGCGUGCAGGCCCAGGACCCCCUGCUGAUGAGGGAUCGUGGAACCCUCCUGUGCAAUGGGCUGGAAGAGAACAACGAACUGCUGAAGGAGAUCGAACCAGUGCUGCGCCUCAUCAAAAACAGCAAAAAGGAGAUCAAUGGAGAGGGCCAGAGGAAUGCGGGGAGAAGAGACGCCCAGAUUCAAGUGGCUUGGGACCUUGGUGUGGGAAAUGGCACAACUCCACAGCUGGCGUCAGAUAACAACAGAAUGCUGGAAAACAUGACGGUGGUACUCAACAGCGCUGACACUGACAAGCCUCCAGCUCAGGGCAGGUCCUCUCCCACUAAGACACUGCAGAACGGCAGCCCAUCCAAAUGCCCCCGUUUCAUAAAGAUCAAGAACUGGGAGACAGGCACCGUCUACAGCGACACACUCCACCACAGCUGCAGCAAGAUGCCAAUCUGCACUGAAAAUGUCUGCAUUGGCUCUGUGGUGAUGCCUAACCAGCAUGUUCGCAAGCCAGACGAAGUCAGAACUAAAGACGAGCUUCUUCCACUGGCCACUGACUUCCUAGACCAGUACUACACCUCCAUCAGAAGGUACGGCUCUAAGGCCCAUGUGGACAGGCUGGAGGAGGUGACGAAGGAGAUUGAAGCUUCAGGAACUUACCAGUUAAAAGACACUGAGCUGAUCUAUGGAGCCAAACAUGCUUGGAGGAAUGCUGCCAGAUGUGUAGGAAGGAUCCAGUGGUCCAAACUGCAGGUUUUUGACGCUAGAGACUGCACAACAGCUCAUGGAAUGUACAACUACAUCUGUAACCACAUCAAGUAUGCGACCAAUAAAGGCAAUCUGAGGUCAGCCAUCACCAUAUUUCCACAGAGGACAGAUGGCAAACAUGACUAUCGAGUGUGGAACAGUCAGUUGAUCCGUUACGCGGGCUACAAACAGCUCGAUGGACAGAUCAUGGGAGACCCUGCAAAUGUUGAAUUUACUGAGAUCUGCAUGCAGCUGGGAUGGAAAGCUCCAAAGGGUCGUUUUGAUGUCCUCCCCCUCCUGCUUCAAGCCAAUGGAAAUGACCCUGAGCUAUUUGAGCUACCUGAAGACCUCAUCCUGGAGGUGCCAAUCACACACCCAAAAUACGAGUGGUUCAAGGACCUGGACCUAAAGUGGUACGGCCUCCCAGCAGUUGCCAACAUGCUGCUGGAGAUCGGCGGCCUGGAGUUCACCGGCUGCCCCUUCAGCGGCUGGUACAUGGGUACAGAGAUUGGCGUGAGGGACUUCUGCGACAGCUCACGCUACAACAUUCUGGAGGAGGUUGCUAACAGGAUGGCCUUAGACACCAGGAAGACCUCCUCUCUUUGGAAAGACCAGGCUCUGGUGGAGAUCAAUAUUGCGGUUCUCUACAGUUUCCAGACAUGCAAAGUGACCAUAGUGGACCACCACUCAGCCACAGAGUCCUUCAUGAAGCACAUGGAGAACGAGUACAGGGUGCGAGGCGGCUGUCCUGGAGACUGGGUGUGGAUUGUGCCUCCCAUGUCAGGAAGCAUCACACCCGUGUUCCACCAAGAAAUGCUCAACUAUCGCCUCACCCCUUCCUUUGAGUACCAGCCUGACCCUUGGAAUACACACGUGUGGAAAGGAGUCAAUGGGACGCCUACAAAGAAAAGAGCCAUCGGAUUCAAGAAGCUUGCCAAGGCUGUGAAGUUUUCGGCAAAGCUCAUGGGCCAAGCCAUGGCCAAGAGGGUGAAGGCCACCAUACUGUUCGCGACAGAGACGGGCAAGUCACAAGAUUAUGCCAAAACUCUCUGUGAAAUCUUCAAACACGCUUUUGACGCAAAGGUUAUGUCGAUGGAUGAAUAUGAUGUUGUGGACCUGGAGCAUGAGACGUUAGUGUUAGUGGUGACCAGCACAUUCGGUAAUGGUGACCCACCUGAAAAUGGAGAGAAAUUUGGAGCUGCCUUAAUGGAGAUGCGCCACCCAACAUCCAACACAGAAGACAGAAAGAGCUACAAGGUCCGUUUCAACAGUGUGUCCUCCUACUCUGACACUCGCAAGUCCUCCAGCGACGAGCCAGAAGUCAAGAUUAACUUUGAGAGCACGGGACCUCUUGCCAACGUCAGGUUCUCCGUGUUUGGCCUUGGCUCCAGGGCCUACCCACACUUCUGCGCCUUUGCCCACGCUGUGGACACGCUGUUUGAAGAGCUCGGGGGGGAGCGCAUCCUACGCAUGGGGGAAGGAGAUGAGCUGUGUGGCCAGGAGGAGUCGUUCAGAACCUGGGCCAAAAAGGUUUUUAAGGCUGCCUGUGAUGUGUUCUGUGUCGGGGACGACGUGAACAUCGAGAAGGCCAACGACUCCUUGAUCAGCAACGACCGCAGUUGGAAGAAGAGCAAAUUCCGCCUCACGUACACAGCCGAGGCGCCAGUGCUAACUGACGCAUUAUACAGUGUUCACAAGAAGAAGGUUUAUGGAGCAAAGAUGCUAGAAUCUCAGAAUUUACAGACUCCUAAAUCCAAUCGCUCCACCAUAUUUGUGCGGCUCCACACAAACAACCACGACAGACUGAGCUACCAUCCCGGCGACCAUCUGGGGAUCUUCCCUGGCAACUACGAGGACCUGGUGACGGCUCUCAUAGAUAAACUGGAGGACGCUCCACCUGUCAAUCAAAUUGUCAAAGUGGAGUUUCUGGAGGAGAGGAACACUGCCCUAGGUGUAAUCAGUAACUGGACGAAUGAGACACGGAUCCCUCCCUGCACCAUCUACCAGGCCUUCCAGUACUUCCUGGACAUCACCACCCCCCCCAGCCCGGUGCUGCUCCAGCAGUUUGCUGCUCUGGCAACCAAUGACAAACAGAAAAAGAAACUAGAGAUCCUCAGUAAGGGCUUGCAGGAGUAUGAAGAGUGGAAGUGGUACAACAAUCCGACACUGGUGGAGGUUAUGGAGGAGUUCCCCUCAAUCCAGAUGCCCUCCACUCUUCUUUUAACCCAGCUGCCCUUGCUGCAGCCUCGCUACUACUCCAUCAGCUCCUCUCCAGACCUGCACCCAGGAGAGAUCCAUCUCACCGUUGCUGUGGUCUCUUACCAAGCCAGAGAUGGAGGAGGACCAAUCCACCAUGGAGUGUGUUCAUCAUGGCUCAACAGGAUAGAGAAGGGGGAGAUGGUGCCAUGUUUUGUCCGAAGUGCACCAUCAUUCCAACUUCCCAAAGACAACCAAGCUCCUUGUAUCCUGGUGGGUCCAGGAACAGGAAUCGCCCCCUUCCGAAGUUUCUGGGAACAGAGACUGUAUGACCUUGAACACAAUGGAAUGGAGUUGUGCCCCAUGAUCCUGGUGUUUGGCUGUCGGCAGUCUGAGAUGGAUCACAUCUACAAGGAGGAGACCAUCCAGGCCAAGAACAAAGAGGUGUUCAAGGAGCUAUACACGGCCUAUUCCAGAGAACCCGGCAAACCAAAGAAAUACGUACAAGAUGUUCUGCGCGAGCAGCUGUCAGAGGCAGUGUACCAGUGCCUGAGGGAGGAGGGGGGACACAUCUAUGUCUGCGGGGAUGUUACAAUGGCCGGAGAUGUUCUCAAGACUGUCCAGCACAUCAUCAAACAGCAGGGCAGCAUGACCCUGGAAGAUGCUGGCUUCUUUAUCAGCAAGCUUCGGGAUGAGAACCGCUACCAUGAGGACAUCUUUGGUGUCACCCUGCGCACAUACGAGGUCACCAACCGACUUCGUUCGGAGUCCAUUGCCUACAUUGAAGAAAGCAAAAAGGAUUCAGAUGAGGUUUUCUGCUCAUAAUGAAAUAGGGGCUUUCUGACGGAAACCAGUCCAGAAGACACAGCAACGCUGGUUGAAGAAUACUGUGCCAAUUUUUGUACUUUAAAAAUGGGUUCCUUUCUUUUUUUAUACCAAUUCAAUGUUUCUGUUGGGCUCUGCGGUUUUGCCUGUAGCAAGCUAAAAUGUUCUGUUCUCCGAGACUCUGUUGUUCUUUUUUUGGUUUUUUUUUGCUUGUUGAUGAUACUUCCAAAAAUGAUAAAUUGAUCAUUUGAUUCAUAAUGUGUGCACCUAGUGUAAUGACCUGCCUCAUUGUGAAUGCAUGACCAAGACAAAAAUAUACUCAAGAAAUAUGAUGUACUCUGUGUUAUUGUUACAGUUCAAAGGCUUUUAUUGAGGUUUUACACUCACAAGGAAGCAUCAGGCAUUGCUAACAAAUUCACAGACAUUUCUGAAGUAUGACACAAGUCAACUUUGUGUUCUAGAAAAGAAGAAAACUGUUGAUGUUUUUUUAAAUCAGAGGCUGUUGUUUCAAGGGAAGUUAAAAAGGGAGAGGUAUGUAUAUGAUGUACAGGCAUGCGGAUAGAAAAGAAAAAAACUGAGUGACAGAUUUUUUUGCAAACAAAUUUAGCAUGUUGAUAGCUCAUCCUGAAUUAUGAAAACAGCUAUUCUGUCAAAGCCACAACCAACAGGUUAUCUAGCUCUUCAUUGGCAAUCCAUCAGAAUGCAUCAGCCUCUGUGUCAGAUCUGUUUCUAGUGGCCUGUCCAUUCUCUCAUAACAUCAUAAUGUUUUUGUUUUUUUUCCAGCUGGUGCUCCUCCAACCCAAGGCAGCUGUGUAGAAAUGUGCAGGACAGCCCACAGCCAGUCAUUACAUAUUAAAAUACAUUCUAAUUGCUAAUGAAUAUACACUUCUUUAACUCAUUCAGGUCUCUCAGAUUUUAAAAUAUUUAAGUAUUUAUUUCACAUACAUUAAAGAAAAUGGUGCCGUAAGUGUAAAAUUAAACAAUUAAAAAUCUGAUCCGUUUUAUUUUAAUUUUAUGCUGUGGGACUAUUCUCAUAAGCUGUGCAUACACCGUACGAUUUCAGGCCGAUUUAGACCCGUUAUUCGAGUCAUAUGGCUGAUUUUGAAGUCUGGCCGAAUUCCAGCCCGAUCGCACGUUGUUAGUCGCGCUGCGUACACCGAUGCUCAAUGGCCGAUCACCAUUCUGGCAUGUUAGAAAUUUUGUAUUUGGCAUCUCGGCAUCUAACCGAGAACUCAUUCAAAAAUCCCAGUUAGACUUUGAGACGAGGAAACAGGACGUGCUAAAAUGCUAAUGAAUUUCUGGGUUUUAGGACUCGUUACUAUUAGUACUGUCGUUCUAUUGAUACCACAGUAAUGUCUGUAUGGGAAAUAUAAGCUUAUGGUCUGAUCGUCACUUUUCUAUCUCUUUUUGUUUAUGUGAGGGGUUAAAUUGUUGAAAUGGUAAAAUGUUGCAUUAUCUUUUAGUCAUUGCUAAAACCCACAAAAUGAUCCAGGAUUUAGAGUUUGAACAACAAAAUUCACGACCAUUUUAUUCGUUUUCACUGCGUUUCUUUGCUGCAUACUAAUGCUCAGCUGCAAAAGCUGCUCAAAGCUUUACAUACAAACUGUGGGCGAUUCUAACAAUAUCUCCUUAUUGGUGCUGCCAAAUAUUAACAGUUGUAAAGGCUAGCUGUCUUACUCAUCUUUCUGGGUUAUUGAGGUAUAGCUUGUUAUUAAGUGUUUCGUAUCGGGCUGAGGUCAUAUUCCUUAUGUUAUACCUUAUUGAACUCUGGCACCAUUUCCAAUUUUUAUGCAAGGCUAGGCUAACAACACCUGGUUAAAAAGUAUUGGGUUGUAGUGUAACUUUAAUCAUCUUACUCUCAUCAAGAAAACUUUCAAGCGGUAUUUUUUCCCAAAAGAUAAAACAAGACCUUAAAAAUAUAGAAUCUCUGUAAGAAUUAAAAUGAAUGAAUACACCUACUAGCAUCGUCUGCAUCAUAACUCCUCUGCCUCUUGCCUUACAUUAACUCUCUGCCUCUGCCUACACAAAGCACAUCCAUUCUCUCGUACGUUUCUCUGCAUGAUUAUGUGUGCGAACCCUGCAGCUCAUGCGCCACCCUUUCACUGUGACCUGACACCUGCUCAGUAGCAUCAGCAUGCAUGUGCGUGCGUGCGCGUGUGUGUGUGUGUGUGUGUGUGCGUGCGUUUGUGUGUGGUCAUAAAUGUCCGCAUGUCUAUACGAGUGGGUGUAAAACACGCAUGUGCUCAGGUGUAUGUUUUUACAUGUUGAUUCUGCUCUUUCUCUGUCAAAUUGGUCCUAUUCUGAUGAAAUUUGUUGCUUUAAGGGUCACACAAGGCUGCAACUUUAAUGUUAUGGGUUGCUUUUAUUUCUGUGACAGGAAACUGCACAUUUUGGCUGAAAUGUUAAUGUUCAGUUGUAUUGUAUUGUUAUGUUGCAGGAAAGUUUUUCAUUCAGGGAUAAGGCGAUCACACUACUGCUGCUGUGGUCAUUCGCUGCUUUCCAAUAAGUCAGGGUUGUAAUUUGAAUUUACAGUGCAGGGGGGCCAUGUCGUUUAUUGAUCACACUCUGCAGUAACUGCAGUAAGCUUGUUUUCUUCUCGGCUUCUGGGUCUUGUUUGUUACCUUCUUUUUCUUUCUAAUUAAAGAUAACUGUCAGCAUGAUCAACAGAUUUCAAUGUGAUUUUCAAAUGUCCCUAAAAGCUGCCGAAAAUGUUUGUUCCCCCCCCCCACAUGACAACUGUUUUUACUGCCGGGGAAAAUGGGUGAUUCUCAUUGUCCCCACCGUUGUUCAUUCUAUAUGAAUGUCUCCUCUGUAUCAUUUUUUAACAGAUUUAGUUGAAUUGGAAUGAGAGUGUCAAUUAAAUGUCAGUGGUGUAAAAUGUGCAACAAAACCAAUUGAUACAAUAAAUAGCUUCUAUAUACAGCUUCUAUAUAAAUAUAUAUAUAUAUAUUCAAAUGAAAAGUAUUACAUAUAAAGAGUACCACCCCGAUCUUUUCUAAGAAUGUAUUUUGAUUAUUUAAAGGAGCGCUAUGAAUCUGCUUGAUUUAAAAAGAACAAAAGGCAUAUUCUAAAGUGUCUCUCAUUUCCUUUCAGUAUGGGGAUAAAGCAGCAGCAGCAGUAAAUAAAUGCAUGGUGGUGAUCUUCUGUCUUCUGUUCAUAUUUAUAAAGCUUUGUCUAUUUACCAGCACUGUGUCACUCAGUCAGACUGUAUUUGUGAGGUUUUCAAGCCUUCCUCACUGGGGCUCCGGAUGGCAACAAAAAAAAAAAAAAAGAAGAAAAAACACUUUCAAGGGGGUUUCAUUUUCUGUGUUUGCAUAUCGCUGCUGCUAUGAACAACUCUGAUCCAAUCAGCCUCUGCUAUAAUGACCUUUGUUGUGUACAAAUAAAGAGAAACAUUUACAGAAUAUGUCAA